UAUCUAUAAAAAUCUUGCAAAUUUUUAUUAUCUUAUCGAUCAUAAGUAUUUGCUUCUUGUUAUCAUUCUAUGAUACUUCUUAUCGUAAUCUCGUUGAUUUAAACUAUAUCUACCGAGCUAACAGUCUGCAUUACUUAAUAAUUCUUUGCAACUGCAACAUCUACAGAUUCCAUUAUGAAGGUCGCUUUCGCCAUCGUCAUUUUAGCUUGUUGGUCUAAACUAUCAAUAGCUAGUGAUGACUACGAGUCAAAUCCACGUUGUAACGAUAACAUCCUCUCCGUAAACUUCAGCAAUGCAGUGAUUACGCACGUUGGCCGGGACUUCAUCUCCAGUCAUCUAAUCACCUGCCUCGACCUCAGCAACAAUCAGAUCGAGACUAUUGCAGAUGGUGCCUUUAGAAAGCUUCCUAGACUAUUCAAUCUCUACCUUUCCAAUAAUAAAUUCGUUGAUGUUCGGGACCUCUUCACCUUCGGAGGUCAUGAGAGAUUGGUGACUCUCAUUUUAAACAACGCAGUUAAGUCUAGCACCAUGUAUAACGUCAUGAUUCCCGGAAGUUACCCCAAUUUGGAAAUACUGUCGGCUCGUAAAAACAGUAUUGCUGACCUAACCGCAUCAACGGAAACUCCGUUUCCUAAACUGAAGAUUCUAGAUCUCUCCGGCAACAAUAUGGCUGGCAUCAAUUUCGUGAAGCUAUUGCCGGCGAGCUUAGAGUAUCUUAUCCUGCAAGAUAACUCGAUCAAUUCUUUGUCAUCCUUCGGAAAGGGACAUAACGUAACUACCUUAUUAUUAGAUAAUAACAAAUUUACAAAUUUGAUACGCUAUUCGAAUAAUCCGACCACUAAAGGUUUGUGGUUAUCUGGCAUGAACAAUCUGCGUUACUUUUCCAUCGUCGGAAACGACAUUCGCACCGUCGACUCGGAGGCUUUCACAAGUUCCAGUAAUUUGGUCUACUUGAACUUAUCUAAGAAUGCUAUCAGUUCCUUAUAUCCGGGAACUUUCGCGAAACUGGAGUCUUUAAGGAUGUUGGAUCUGAGUGGCAAUCAGUUCCAGAACAUCAUCAAUAUUUCGGCUGUAUCAAAUAUCACCACUCUAUCAUUGAGUUGCAACAGCAUACAAUCAGUACCCGAGAACGUCUUCAAACAAAUGCCGAAAUUGGUGGAGUUGUUGCUGAACGGAAACCAAAUCAAGGAAGUCGAUGUCAACGGAUUCGCUUAUCUUGAUCGUCUAGAGAGGUUGGAUCUGUCUAACAAUAAACUGAGCUCUCUACCGGAAGGAUGGACCAGCGCCUUCGAGUCUCUGCGACACUUGGACUUAAGUGAGAAUCAAUUUACGUCGUUGGAGUCUUUGUCUCUAUCAAACACGCUGCCAUUGGUGGAGGUGUACCUGGUGAGCAAUCCGCUGGAGUAUCUGGCUGCUGGCUCUUUCAACAACUUGCCGAAAAAUGUCACCGUAAAUUUGGCGCACAAGUUGCAUGAAAGUGUCACGAAAUGUUAAUAGGUAGAUGUUUGGAUCGGUUACGAAGAUUGGACCAUCGAGUUGAGAUUUCAAUGUUGUGCGCAAAUUGGUUUCUCCGUUGACAAAAACAGAAACGCGACGGUCAAUCAUCGUAAGGCGUAUGUCUCGUAUCGUUUGUAGUAUUGAAAAUUAAAUUCGUGUAUAUUAACUGCAAUCCUACAGUUUCAAAUAUAUAUAGUAAAUACAAAUAAAUAUAUUAAUAAUUGUCGUUAUUUUACAUCCAUUAACAGUAAUUUAUGCAGGAUAAUACUUAUUAAUUGCGUUAAUCAUGAUAAUUACAGGUUUGUAUAAAUUGUGAAAUUAGGAUAAUGUAUGUUACAAAAUAAUGUGACAAAUUGCAUUGUAACGUUACAUAAACCGAAUAAAAAUACUAUGAACAGAA